UCUGGGGCACGGGGCCAGCACGUCUAGCCAGCUCGAAGUGCCACGACUUCACAGCAGACCACGGAUUCUCCAGCGGAGUGAGGGGGGACAGCAUUGGGAAAAAAAAGCUAGUUAGCUAGAUAGCUGGAUAAACAGGCGGUCCUCCACAGAAGUCAUUUCAGCGUACAGGUACGAGUCGACGCUGUUAGCUCCCUCUCCAUCCCGUUGAAGCGAGCAGACGUAGCGGCAUCACCAGCAGGGUCAACUGAAAUUGAAACAUGGAUAUCUACGACCCCCAGACCCUUGGGAUAAUGGUGUUUGGUGGAUUCAUGGUGAUCUCUGCUCUCGGGAUUGCUCUUGUCUCCACCUUCUCCAUGAAAGAGACCUCUUAUGAGGAAGCCCUGGCCAAACAACGCAGAGAGCUGGGUAAGAUACAGCCCACUCGCUCUGACAAAAAGAAGAAGGACAAAGUAUCUGAGAAGAAGGGCCGUGGAAAGAAGAAAGAAGAAAAGCCCAAUGGAAAAAUCCCAGAGCCUGAACAAAUUGAAGAGGAAGUUGAAGCUGACACAGUCAUUGAGCAUGCUGCUGCACCAGUUGUAGCUGCUGCCCCUGCCCUUGCCCCUGAAGCUGAACCCGAACCUGAACCUGUCCCUGAUGUCAAGCCAACUGCAGCCCCAGCACCAGCAGGUGUCGAGCCAAAGACUGCUGCCGAACCAAGCCCUGUUCUUAAUGAGCCCUCACCUGCACCAUCACCAAAAGAGAAAAAGAAGAAGAAGGGGUCUAAGGUUGAGCCAGCCCCACUCGUGGCUGCCUCUGCACCCGUCAAGACCUCCACAGUCCCUCCAUCAACCCAGACCCCAAUGUCUGCCCCGACUAAAGCAACGGCUCCAUCCUCUGCAUCUGCCCCAACUAAGUCUGCCCCAGCAUCAGCUAAGUCUGCCCCCGCGCCCACUAAGUCUGCCCCCGCGCCCACUAACUGCCCCGCGCCCACUAAGGCUGCCCCCGCGCCCACUAAGUCUGCCCCCGCGCCCACUAAGUCUGCCCCAGCAUCAGCUAAGUCUGCCCCCGCACCCACUGCCCCCGCACCCACGAAGGCUGCCCCUGCGCCCACGAAGGCGGCCCCCGCGCCCACUAAAGCUUCAGCAGCCCCAGCCAAGUCUUCACCUGCUCCAUCCAAGACUGCCCCAGUGCUGGAAGCUGUCACUAAAGAAGUCCCAGUGAUGGCAGUGCCCCCAGUGGGAUCUCAGCAGACCCCUGCUGUGGCAGGAAAAGUACAGGAGCCCAAGAAGAAGGCCUCUAAGAAAAAGACUGAGCCUGUGGCAGCGGUGGAUUCUGCUGAUGCUCCUCUGUACCUGCCCUACAAGGCUCUGGUGUCCACCAUCAGUAGCAUGGUGUUCAGUGAGGUCGAGGCUCAUAGGCUCAUCGAGAUCCUGUCUGAGAGAGUUGGAAUCAUUCAGGACACCUGGCACAAGGCCACUCAGAAAGGAGACCCAGUGGCCAUGCUGAAGAAACAACUGGAGGAGAAGGAGAAGCAGCUCGUGGCUGAACAAGAAGAUGCUGUUGCGGCAAAGAAUCGCCUCAGAGAACUCACCAAGGAGCUGUCUGCUGAGAAGUCAAAGGUGGCCAGUGUGGAGACGAGGCUGAGUUCCCAGCUGAGCAAGAGGGAGCAAGAAAUGAUUGCUCUGCAAGCACGCAUGCAGGCUAGUUACCAGGACCAUGUGGCACAGACCCAGGGGCUCAAUGCUAAGAUUGUCAGCCUGCAGGACCAGUAUGAAAAAGGCCCCAAUGCCCAGCUGGCCCGUCUGCAGCAGGAGAACUCCAUUCUCCGCGACGCCCUCAACCAAGCCACUAGUCAGGCUGAGAGCAAGCAAAACGCGGAUCUGGCCAAGCUGCGUCAGGAAUGCACAAAGUUAACCAAGGAACUUGGAGAGAAGACCGAAGGUCUGCUUGCCGAUGAGCAAAUCAGGAAAGGGCUAGAGGCCAAGCUCUCCGCUACAGAGGAGCAGCUCUCCGUGCUGCAGGCCAGCCAUGGGGAGAGUGAGCAGGUGUUGCAGAGAAGAUUGGAAGAGGUUUGCGAGGAGCUCAGGGCGACACAGAGUAGAAACAACGGUCUGCAGGCCAAUUUGGACAAUGCCCAGCAGGACAGCAGCACACUCUCAGAUUAUCAAGUUCGUAUUGGGAGAUUGGAGGCUGAUAUCAGUGAGCGCUCUACUCAGGUGGAUGCCCUCACUGUCCAGCUAGAGGAGACACAGGCAGAGAAAAGCCAGCUUGAACAGCAGGUGGCGUCCAUCAAUUUACUGCUAGAGGCCAAUCAGACCAAAAUGGGGGAGGAUAACGACCAGGUGAGUGCUGAAGAAGUGGAACAGCUUAAGCUGAGCCUUCAAGAGAGAAACAACCAGUUGAACACGCUUCACGAGGAACUGAAGCAACUGCAAUUGAAGCAGGAAACUGCUGAGAACACUAUUGCGCUUGAGCAAAGAAAUAAGAGUGAGGAUGUCGCCCUUAUCACAUCGCUUCAGGAUGAACUUAAAAACCUCAAAGAAGAAAUGGUGCAACAUGACAACACACCAUCAGAUACCUCCACAGAGCUGGGACUGCUACAGAGCAGCCUGGCUGAGAAGGAUGCCCUUGUCACAUCUCUACAAGAGCAGCUGAGAGAAGUGGGAGAACAGACGGCCGUUGAUGCAAGUGUAACGGCAGAUCUGACAGCUUUUCAAACUGAAACCAAAGAAGCUCUCCAGACACUCUUCCCACAGAUACCCGUAGAGACGGAGCAGUCCAACUGGUUACAAGUAUUUACACAGAAAGCUCAGGAGGCUCUCAGCCAGCAGAGCGAGGAGUCUCAGUCAAGCACAGUGUUGCCUGAGUUGCUCCAGAAAGUGAAGGAAGCUGAGGAGAGCCAUGGCUCACUUCAGGCUGAAUGUGAACAGUACAGGACAGUCCUGGCAGAAACGGAAGGAAUGCUUAAACAUCUUCAGAAGAGUGUGGAGGAAGAAGAGCUGGUAUGGAAGUCCAAGAUGGCGAACUCAGAGGAACAGCUGAGUGUGGCUUUGGAGAAGAUCAGCCAGCUGGAGGCAGAAAACCAAAGUGUAGAACAGUUGAAGGAGCAGAUGAUGCUUCUGGAAGCCCAGCUGGAGAAGCAGUCAGACAACCUGCAGACCUCAGAGGAGAUGGAGCAGCUGAAGCUGCAGCUUGUGGAGUGUCGGAGCCAACUGGAUUUGGCCCAGAAGGAGGCCCAGGCACACAAGGAGGAGCUUGCUCAGGUCAGAGAGCAGCUGGGCGAGAUCACGAUGCAGGCUCAGCGAGAACAGAAUGGCCCAGCUGAGGCUCAACCCAGUCAGUUCCAGAACAAGUUGAGCCAGACAACUGAGAAGCUGCACGGGGAGGUGGCUCAGAGACAGCAGCUUUCAGAAGAGUUUGAGCAGGCCCAGAAGACUAUAACAGAACUUCAGGCUCAGCUGGAUCUUCUAAACGCUUCUGCGGACUCCCCACAUGCUGACACAGAGGAUGUCGCACAGCUCAAGGAGCGGCUGGAGAAGGAGAAGAAGCUGUCCAAAGACCUUGGCCAGGCGGCCACCAAGCUCCAACAGCUACUCAAAGCCACUCAGGAGCAGCUGACCAAAGAGAGAGACACAGUGAGAACACUACAGGAGCACCUGGAAGGCAAGGGAGAAUACGUGGAGCUGAAGGAAGGAACGUCCGUCUGAGAGGAAGUUCACUGCAGACACUACAAAAAACUGCCAAAUAUGCCUUAUGAUUACCAUAGUUAUGCAUUCCAAAACUAUUUCUUUCUUGUACUGUAGUUGAUUGCAUUUGUUGCAACUGUAGGAAUCAAAUGUUUGAUAUUAUGAACAUUUUUAAAGUAAGAUUAGAGGAGGUCGUCCUGCUACAGUCUUUAUUGAAACCCACAUUCCAUAAACAAUUCUGGCUAUGUCAGAAGUUAUUUAUCCCCCUGCCUUAUAUUCCAGACAUUUACCCAUAGUUCAGUGUUAAAAAGGGAAACAGAUUGUGCGUCAAACGUACAUCAACCUGUGCAAUUACUUUGUAUGUCUUUUCUAUGUGGUUGAAUGAUGGGAACAUUUUAUGGUUCAAUGUUUCAUUACCAUUAGGGCCUGGUCUCCUCUGUAGCUGGCUGCCAAUUAAACACAUCGAAUUUGUAUGAAUGAAUAAACUACAUUGUAGCUCUA